CAACAAAGUGCGGACAAGUAAUCCAACAAUUAGUGUGAAUUGAUCCGAGUGGCAGCCGACCUUCCAAACUAUGCUAGCCUGCAUAUGUGGAAAUGAGAAAGAGAAAACUGAAAAGAAAGGUGAUGUCAGACACUGUAGGCCUUUGCCUUUGAUACCAGAAAAGAUCGACAGAGUCAAACUUGGGAAAGACACGAAUAUCCUCAAUGUCCGUGGGGAAGACGUGUCAGUCAAGCAAGGUCAAGCCAACACCAUCAUGCCUCAGUUUGCCCAGUACCUGCCUCCAGAGAAAGAGGAAGAGCUGAGAGAAAUUGCUAAUGCCAUAGUAGCUCCUGGCAAGGGGAUUUUGGCAGCCGAUGAGUCCGUUAGCACUUGUGGCAAGCGACUGCAGGGGAUUGGUGUGGAAAACACAGAAGAAAACAGGCGAGCUUAUCGUGAAUUGCUGUUCACUGCUGACAAGACCCUGGGAGAUCACAUCUCAGGUGUCAUCCUUUUUCAUGAGACACUGUACCAGAAAACAAGCGAUGGUGUGCCCUUUGUACAGUGCCUGAAAGAUAGAGGCAUUAUUCCUGGAAUAAAAGUAGACAAAGGCGUUGUUCCAUUGGCUGGGACAUUCAAUGAAUGUACCACACAAGGUCUGGAUGGUCUGUCUGAGCGAUGUGCUGAGUAUAAAAAAGCAGGAGCACACUUUGCUAAGUGGCGAUGUGUGCUUAAGAUCAGCAAAAACACACCUUCUUACCUGGCCAUGCUGGAGAAUGCCAAUGUUCUGGCACGAUAUGCAAGCAUCUGCCAACAGAAUGGAAUUGUACCAAUCGUAGAGCCUGAGGUGCUACCUGAUGGAGAUCACGACCUGGCUGAAUCUCAAGCUGUGACAGAGGAUGUGCUGGCAUUUGUAUACAAGGCCUUGGCUGACCACCAUGUCUUCUUGGAGGGAACACUGUUGAAACCCAACAUGUGUACUCCAGGACAAUCCUGCACCAAGAAGGCUUCUCAUGAGGAUAUUGCUCGAGCCACUGUGACUGCUCUCGCUCGCCGGGUGCCUGCAUCUGUUGCUGGUGUUACUUUCUUGUCGGGAGGACAGUCAGAAGAGGAUGCUACUAUUAACUUGAAUGCCAUUAACCAGUUCCCUGGCCGCAGGCCCUGGCCUCUGACCUUUUCAUAUGGCCGUGCCCUACAGGCCUCCGUGCUGGCUGCAUGGGGGGGUAAGCCACAAAAUGUUUCCGCUGCCCAGGUUGAGCUGCUUAAUCGCUCAAAGGCCAAUGGAGAGGCCUCCAUGGGCACAUAUGGUGGUGGACUUGGGGGAGCAGCUGGUGGAAAGUCUCUGUUUGUGGCUGACCAUGCAUACUAGAUGUGCAUUGCAGCAUCACACCAAUCCUCUGUGCUUGAAUUUAGCCAGUUAUCCAGCCCCGCCUGCAGACUUGGAUUCACAAGACCUUGAACAAUUCCAGCACCACAGUAGCUUUUUUCUUUCAUUCCUGAUGGAGUUGUGUGUUGUGCCCAACAUGUAAACUUUACUAUCUAGAUUUUGUCAUCCCUGUUACCAGGUGCACAAUUUGAUGUGUAUAUGUUUUAUUGGUUUUGUUCUGCUUUUAAAAUACUUGUCAAAAGAACAAAAAAGGGAGAAGAACCAAAUCCAGAUACAUUUUACUUUUUUUUUUUUUUGGUGGGUGGGGUUUAAAGCUGUACUAGUUGCUGAUAAUGGGGAACUUAAAAUAAGCACACAAGUUUUGAUGUGGUGUUUGUACUGGCCUUUAAUAGUGUAAAUGUCCCAGACAGUGAAUCUCAAGCUUUGAAUCAUAUUUAAUUAGGAGUGGUCAUCUGAUAGCGACAGCAUGUUUAGUGUGCUUAGGAGUUGGUGUAAAUACAAUCUUAAUGUCAUUUGAAGUUUUGUGAUUUGCUCCUCCUUAAUGGAAUUGCAGUCAGAUAAUCAAGGUAGGGUCCAUGCCCAGACCUUUUGAUUUAAGGUAUUGAUCUAUGAAGAACUGCAUUAACUUCAGGUAUAAGUUCUUUUAACCUCGAGUCAUUUAAUUAGAACAAAUUUUAUUGUACAUAACUUCAUGGAACAGUCUAUCUGCAUGUAAUGUUCUUGUCUUAAACACCUUGUGGUGGUGUUGGCUUUUUUCUUGAACAGGUGACAUCAUACUACUUAAUGGAAGUACUGCCUGCCUUAUAGGUUGUACAAUGUGAAAAGUAUACAACUUGUGAAUCAACAGCAACCAUCUCUGUAAACGUUGAAAGAUGAGAAGAUCAAAGAAAUGAUUUUAUGGUUUAAUAAGAAUGGCUUUUUUUGUUGGCACCUUUUUACAUGCUAAUUUAGAUCCCUUUAGCUUUGAGCAACACCAUGGAAAUAAAUUUCCUUUAUGGCUGUCAAAA